AUGACCGAUUCUGAUGGUGGCCUCAGCCUUCCAUCAAAUCCUGGAAGUGCCAGUGAAGAAGAAGUUGAACAAGGUGCUGUUAGUAGCCAACUUCCAGGGGAAUCUCAGUGUUGUGAUGCUGAUUGCUUGGAUCGCAUUACUUCCAUGCCUGAGUACUCCCGGAAAGCUGAUGAGAUACGACAAGCUAUCAAAGAAGAACUUGGAUUGGAGAAACGAAAUGAAUUUCAGUUUCAAGUCCUCAGAACUUGGAUGGCCGGUGAGUCUUCGAAGAGCCAGUCCCAGCGACGAUAUCAGUUUCAAGACUUGCCAAUUUGCCGCAUAGCAGCUUCUGACAUUUUGCAAUGCAACAAGGGCAAGGUGACGAAGCUGACCAAGGAGAUUGUGGAUGGGCGUGUCUCUGCUCCCAGGGACUUGCGCGUUGGAGGUGGCCAGGUGAAGAUGCCUCGACAGGAGUCGCUCCAAGUGCAGAAUGCUGAGACCAUGUGGUGCUGGGUCCACAGUUUCUUAGCAGAGCCCCUUGCAGAAGGUGUGGGCAAGGUGAAGUUCGAUGUGGCAACCAAAGUCAAGGAGCUUUUGAAAAUGGAUCCAGUGUCUGAAGUCUUCAAUGCUUCCUCCCUGGAGCCCAGACAUGUGCACCCGAAUGUUACAUUGAGUGAGCUGCUGGACGUUGCCAAAAACUUCCUCUCUCACUUGCAGCCACCGCCGUCCUACAGAACUUGGGUCCGAAUCUACCAUAGAUCUUGGGAAAAGACUGUACGCUUCAGAGGCGAAAACCAGCAUAGCAAGUGCAGUGUCUGCGAAGACAUGAAAGAGUACAAGCGACAGGCUUCGACUCUGUCUGAUGCCAAUCUGGUUGCCAAUGCUUAUGUCCAGCAUCUCCACUUGAUGCUUCAAGACAGGAAGGCCGAUGCAUUCUGGAGACAGAUCGGUUUUGACAGUGUGAAGAGUGGAGUUACCUUUCUUCAUGAAGGAGCAUCGACAUGGCUCACAAUGACAAUUGAUGGCAUGGACUGUGCCAAGUUCAAAGUACCGUUGAACAUCAGUCAAAGCAAACUGUUUCAAAGGAUGCAUCGCCCAGAGAUGAAACUGAGCCUGGUUGUGGUAGAUGGACUGUUGGAAAUCUACAAUUUGAUGAACCACGACAUUCCUACAACUGCCAACUUGGACAUCUCUUUGAUCAGUGAUGCCAUGCUGUUGUGCUACAGCCGUCUGCAUGCAGCGGGACUUCAAUUUCCAAAAGGCUUGAGGGUCCAUGCGGAUAACUGUACAUCAGAGACCAAGAACCAGGUGGCAUUCAAGGCCGGAGCCUUCAUGAUCUGUCAAGGUUUCUUUGACGUCAUUGUUUGGAGUUAUUUCCAGACAGGGCAUUCCCAUGGACUCCCUGACCAGAGAUUUUCUGAAGUACGGCACCUGCUGUUCCAAGAAUCGACGUUGCAAACACCUUCCGAUUUUGUCAAAGUCUUGGAGAAAGUCAAACCUAGACAACAGAGAGAGUUGGCUGUUCAGAGAGUGGAGUGUAUGGAAGACUGGAACAAGUUUCUGGAGCCAUUGGAAAUUACCCUCCACAGCCACAACACUACACGUCGAAUGAAACAAGCUGGGCAGCAUGCGUGCCACUAUUUCCUCAUGGUGACUCGGGAGAAGUAUGCUCAAUUUGGAGAUGUUGGCAUGGUGGAAAACUUUCAGGAUGAGCCGCCCAGCCCAAAGGAUGUCGUGCUGGUGCUGAAAUCGCAUUUGUCCUCGGAUGACAUCUCACAGAAACCUUUUGUGUUUCUACCGGCUUCUGCUCUUCAGAAUCUGCAAGGUUGGCCAGAGUACACGGUUCAACUGAACAAAAUGUCCAAGGAGACUGAAAAAGAACUCCGGAAGACCAUAGAAAAGGUCACCCAACCACCAUGGCACAUGGAGGCGGCUGCUGAAUACAUUGAGCAACUCAUUCGCCAAUCGGGGUGCCAUCCACAAUGUGUUCGUGACUCUCACCCACUGGAAGAAUUGAAAGCGAAGCUGGCAGAUGGAGAAUCCAAGCCAGAGCCCGGUGUGUUCAAGGCAUCAGACAUGGACUUUUGGAAGACGGACCCUGCGAAAGUGGAGGUGAAGAGAGCGGCAAAGAAGAGAUCUGCAGCGAAGUCUAAGGCAGCUGUGCCUGUGAGUGGCGCCCAGCCUUCACAUGCAGCGGUUGCAAUCGACCUUCCCAGUGGAAACGAGGAUGAAGCUGCUCCUGCUGCAGGACCUGGACUUCCAGCUGGCCCGAGGGUGGCAGAGUCCUCAAGAUCCGUGGAGCGUUGCAAGUUGUGCUGGAGGGUAGCUGCAAGCAUCCACAAAAUGGGAAUGGCUUCAGCUGCAAGCCUGGAUGUCAUCAAUGGUUGCGACUUACUCACGACAGAUGGAAGGAUGAUAGCCCUAGCACUCCUGGCCGAAAGACGGCCGAUGUUCUUGAUGACAUCUCCUCCUUGCACAAUGUACAGUGAACUAACCCGCCUUUGGAAUGCUGCCAAGAUGAGUUGGGAAGUUCGUGCCCUUCGACAACGUGAUGCGGACCACAUGUUGAAGUUUGCCUUAGAGAUGUGCCGUAUACAGGGCAAGGUAAAGCAACUGGCUUCCCACCCAGACACGAAGAUGGUGACGUUUGACCAGUCAUCCUACAAUAACCUCUUGAUGACCAGCAAAGAUUGCAAAUGCGAUCAGGACGACAAAGGCGAUCAGUCCAAUUUGGCCUGGAUGGCAGACAUCAUGGCAGCACCUGUGACUCCAGGCGGCAUGUCCGAGAGCAUAGAAGAACUUCUUGACAAGUCAAUGGAAUCAGAAUCAGCCAAUGAGACACGUUCAAAGGCUGAUGAGGAUCUUUUUUCAAUGGCCAAGAAGGAAGAAGAUGUGAAGAUGGAGCAGGCUAAAUCUGACUUGAGAGCGCUGGAAGAUGCAGUGAAAUCAGCAGGCACUGAAGAUUUCAAGCCUGCGUUUUAUGCCUUUGGGAAGGCAGUUCUUGAGCAUUGCAAUGGUGCCCGCAAUGUCUUGACUUCGGUGCUUGGGGACGAGUUGGCCCAUGGUCAAGAGUUUCUGAAUCAGAUCGCUGAGUUCUUUCCGAAGAGUGAUGCCAUUAGCUUUGCUACUCAGCUUCCUGGCAAUGACUCAGAUGAGUUCAAUUUGCAUUUGACAGAUCUGAGCUGGCUGCCACAUUCCUCGACAAAGCCAGCCCCAUACCUCCAAUACCUCCACACUUGCCUGCAACUUUGGGAUGAGAUCACCACCAAUGGCUUUAUCACCAAAGGUGAUCCGAUUCUACUUUGGGAUGGCCCCACUGGGCAUGCUGACAAAGGGAAAUUUGCUUGGGUUUACUUCUUGAAGGGUGCUGCGAGAGCUUCAAUGGCUUUGUUCACUGCUGUCAUUUCUGUGAAUCUGGGCGUGAGACUGUCAGUCUUGCAUCGUGAGCUGUAUGACAGCCUGAUGGUGAUCCGCUGCCGCCGUGGUUCUAUGUCCCAUGAUUUGAUGCAAGUGGCCUUCACAAAUGCGAAGCUGAGCAGCAGGGGUGCCAUCAGGAAGUCUCAUGAUGUUGCUUGCUGGCUUUCGAAGAUGAGCAUGCUGGUUGAUCGCGGGCUGAAGGCUGAGAGUGCUAUCAAGGCGUGGAAUCAGGAGGCGACAAGAGAAAGCCAACUCACUGGACAGAAGCGGGUGGCCUUGCUGGCAUUGUUGUCAGGGCCAGAUGGGACAACGAAAUUGCUGCUGGACCAUGCCAGUUUCUUUGGGUCUGCUUCAGCAUUUAGUGAGGAGUGCUUUGCAGCCAAAAACUUGUUUCCAGGAUACUUCCCCAGGACUGUCUUGGACAAGACAUGGCGCUCUAGAUUGACGGUCACUGAUGCUGGGUUCUUGCUGUUCUUGCGCUACACGGAUGCAUGCCACCAUCAGAAGCUGCCUGAAACCAGGGGAAAACUUAGCAAAGAGAGGUGUGCAGAACUCAGCCAACUUACUCAGCUGGUUGUGGCAGUGGAGGCUGAACUGAAGGAGGGCGGUGUGGUGACUUCCAAACUCACAGACGCCUUGCUGGACUGCGAUGCGAACCUGGAGCUGGAGCUGCAAGUUGCUUUGAGCGAAAAGGCCGCCAAGUGGAAGCCUGCUGAUCUGACUUUGGUUCAAGAAAUUCUCAAGGCACAUUCGGCCACAGCUGACUCCAAGUUCUUUGUUGAGAAGCGAGUGGUGGCAGCUGGUGAACUGGAGAGAGAAGAAUUUGACCUCAUGAAGAAAAUGUUUGAGCAUGACCUCAAGUCAUUUGAGAAUUGGAAGGUUCGAUGCCAAGACAGAGACUCAGCAGUUUACCAUGCGGAAUUGCAGCACAAAGUUCAACGACAGCAUGAAGCCCAAAAACAAGCCCAGAGUUUGUUUGACAUCACUUCAGUGAAUUGGUUUGCAUCUUUGGAAGUCCUUGGAAGUCCCAAUGAAGUUACCCACCGCAUCAAAGCUACUGUGAACAAGCUCAUGAAAACCUUCCAAGUUCGAUCUGAGGAGAUCUAUCUUUUGCAAGUUUGUAACUGGAGCUCGCCUAGCUUGGUUUCCUCUGCUGCGCAGAAGUGCCAAGCCACAGUUCUUGGAGCUCUGUGCAAUGAUGCAACUAGCUCAGGUCGCUCAUUGGGAUGUGUUUUCGAGCCAUGCCAUACAUACAACAAAGGGCAGCUUUGGAAGCAAGAAGAGAUGCUCCACAAGAUGUUGGUGAAUGCCAGAUGCAACAUCGAUGGUCGAUUUGUCCUGCCCUUUGUUGAGCGACAAGAUGACCGCGACCAGAGGUCAAUGUGCCGUCAUGGGAGGCUGACUUUCCCAUCUGAAGAUGAAGCCUUCGGCAAAGUCUGGAGUGAAUGGAAGUCAUGCCCGAUCUUGAGCAAAGGACUUCUUGAAGAGGCCCACUGCCUACCAACCAAGGAGCUUGUCACCAUUGAAGAUUGCAGUGAGUCUGCGCUCCCAGCAUCGACAACCUUGACCCACACCACAAAUCCAGCAGAAAAAUGUUGCCAACUUGGAAAGGAUGCCUACCAUUCAUUUCUGAGGGGGGCAUUGGGAACUUUGGGCACCAAGAGCUCUAAGCCAGUGGUGUUGGUUGUGGAUCUCUUUGCGCAUACAGGGGAUCUUGCUUUGGCAGUGUUCAAAGAGAAGUUUGCCCCUGCGAUGUCGAACCACCUGCAUUACUUGGCGUUUCACGCCAAUCAACUGGAGGUUGAAUGGGCCAAGCAGCAUCACAUCGAACAUGUCUUUGGCAACUUCUUGACUGGCGAUUUCAAGCCUCUGACACCUCUGCCAGGGCCUCCUGACCAGCUGGCAAUGCCAGGGCCCACGCCUCCUACUUUGAGUUUGUUGGCUUGGGGAACAGGAAAGGCCAAGGAAACUUUGAAGACCCCAGACAAAGUCUUGAAAGCUUGGUGGGAUGGCAAUUUCUCGCUUGAGUUCCGGGAAUUUGUGGAGGCAGCCAGGCAGAACCAUGAGCUUGACGUGAAGAUCACUGAUGAUUCAUCGACUGGUCGGCCCACCAAGAGGCCCAGGCUGACGGAGGCUGAAGGAGCUAAGGUGGAAACUCAGGCAGAGACUGAAGUGAAGGAUGCUAAGAUUGAGUCAAAGGACCUCAGUGACCUGCCAACCUUGUGCUAUGAAGCCAAAGUCACUGCAAACCCGAAACUUGUUGUGAAGGUUACCAUCGGCCAAGGUGUCUUCUUGGAGAACACUGGCACCAGUGAUGAAAGCAUCAAAGCUGGCGUGGUACUGUGUGGGUACUACAAAGGCAAGUUCUGGAGCCCAGAUUCGACAUCAGAGGCGCCAAGUGAGAAAGCAGAUGUGACAUUCAGGUUGACAUCAAACUUGGAUCAUGUGAUGCUGAAUUCAAAGUACCAGCCUUUGGGUGACAUCAUCAAGGCCAAGCGCCAACUCACUCCUGCUGAUGCACAUGUCUCCUACCAUGAGUUGAUUGACUCCCCGACCCCGACAGAUGCAUCGGCUUUCAAGCUUGAGCCCAAGAAAAUGACAGUGUACUUCAAGGUGGCUGACUUCCCUGCAGUGAAGACAGAAGAAGGCGAGGGCGAAGCCAAGCUGAUGAUCCCAGCUGCCCAUUUGGCUGGUGCAAUCCCUGAGAAGGUAUGGCGUGACAGCCAGCUUGCUGAGAUUGUUUGGGCCGUCAAGUGGCCCGCAGUUGCUGCCAAGGGUUUGCAACCAAUCCGCCCAAUGGUAAUGACUUCAAAGGAGUUCGUCAUUAAGAGCAAGACAGCUGUUGUGAUUGCCAAGCCCAAUGUUUGA